GCGGGAGCGAGCACCAGCGGGAACGUCAGGGAGAAGUGGAAACGAGGUGGAGAAAAUGUGUGUUGUGCUGCUACCAGUGGUGUGACUUCAGUGUUGGGCUGACGGGGAGGUGAAGGAAGAAAAGUUUAUGGAAUUAACGUUUUACCCUCAUCACAAGUGCUUAGUUUUACAAAACAAGGAUUUUCACCGCCAGAAGAAAAGUUACACAGUGGGACAUGCAGAGCCAGGCUGUGUCCCUGUGGUGGUAAGGUCCAGACAGCAUUUUCACGGUCAUGGCGUCAGAUCGAGAAGGGCGUGGGUGUGAGCUGCCCAUUGCCCCAGGCCAGGUGUACAUUGAGGUGGAGUAUGAUUAUGAGUACAAGGCCAAGGAGCGCCAGAUCUCCAUCCGCCAGGGAGAGUGCUACAUGCUGGUGAAGAAGACCAACGAGGACUGGUGGCAAGUCAAGAAAGAGGAGGGGACCAAGGCGUUUUACAUACCAGCGCAGUAUGUCAGAGAGGUCCGCAAGGCCCUCAUGCCCCCUCCCAAGCCUCUGCACCUGGGGCAUCAUGGUGGGGGGAGCGGGGGAAACUCGGUCUUGGUCAAGGCAAGCAUCUCUAACGAGAACCUGAACUUGACCAGUUUCAGCCGGCCCUCUCCCUCGUCACCUUCCCCCUCCUCAUUGUCGGGGGCUGCCCUCACCCCUCCGAGCCAGCGCAGGGACAGGGACGCCAACCAGAAUCCUGGUAGAGACCCUGGCAGGCUCACAAACCAUGACAGGGCCCUGGCAGACAUUAUAAAGAACAACCACACCCACCCUCACAGCCAUGCUGCUGGACGAGGAUGUAACACGCUGCCCCGUGCCGAUGCCUCUUCCCCUGAGCUCCGCAGGGUGCCCCUGAAUGUGGAGAUGCCCCCAGGGCACUGUGACUCAGAGGGUUCGGAGAGACGCAACGACUCGGAGUCUGGAGACGAGAUGAGCAGCAGCUCUACUGAGCACCUGCAGACUGUCUCUCCAUCGGGUCAGGGUGGUAGACCGGAGUCUCCUGUCUACUCUAACCUCCAGGAGCUGAAGAUCUCUCGGUCGAGCCGACCUCCCAACCCCUCCAGCUCCCCACUGCAUGUCCUGGGGGACUGGGAGACACACAAGGACCAGAAUGGCAGACACUACUACUUCAACCGCGCCACCCAGGAGCGGACAUGGAAGCCCCCCCGAGCCAAGGACGCUAGCAGUGGUAGCAGCAGCCGGGGGGAGACUCACGGCAAAGGUACUGGGGAGGCAGAGACAACUCUGCCUCUCUCUUUCUCUCCAUCCUUCCUUCCUCUCCUCUCGCUUGCCAUUGGUCGCUUCCAGCCUCUGUCGUUGGAGGACAACUGCCACAGCACGUAUUCUAGCCAAUCAGACAGCCAGUAUGGCUCCCCGCCUCGAGGUUGGUCAGAAGAGCUGGAUGAGCAUGGACACACUCUGUAUGUUAGUGACUAUACUAAUGAGAAGUGGAUAAAGCAUGUUGAUGAACAGGGCCGACCCUACUACUACAGUGCUGACGGCUCAAGAUCUGAAUGGAAGCUGCCCAAGUACAACCACUCCCUUCCUCCCCUGCCGGGCGGAGGAGACACCCCUAAGAGCCGCAGUCUGGACAGGAAGCAUGUAGAGCCCAUCGUCCUGACCAAGUGGAGACACAGCACCUACGCACUGGACACCAACGACAAGGAUGCGGCGUUGGGCCCCAAGGUCCCCGGCUCUCCUGACUCUGACUCCUCAGACCCCUCGUCCCUCAAGCCCCCCACCUCUCCUUCAGAGAAGUGUGGUGUUCUUAAUGUGACCAAGAUCACUGAGCAUGGCAAGAAGGUACGGAAAAAUUGGACGUCGUCCUGGACAGUCCUUCGGGGCUCCUUGCUACUAUUCACUAAAAGCCAGGGGGGCGGGACCAGCUGGUUUGGAGGCAUCCAGUCCAAGCCAGAGUUUACUGUGGACCUGAGAGGAGGAUCUAUAGAGUGGGCUUCCAAAGACAAGUCCAGCAAGAAGCAUGUUAUAGAGCUGAAAACCCGUCGGGGCACAGAGCUGCUGAUCCAGUCAGAGAAUGACAGUUUCAUCAAUGACUGGUACAGAGCACUGACAGACACCAUCAGCACACAUGCCUGGGAGUCAGAUGAGGCCAUAGAGGAGGACAUGCCAGAGUCUCCUGGAGCUGAGAAACAAGACAAAGAGAAAGAUCACAGAGACUCUAAGAGCAGAGCCAUGAAGAGUUCUACCAGUAUGGACACAUCAGAUGACAAGAAGACCAGACACAAACUUAUGAAGUUCCUCACACGCAGACCCACUCUGCAAGCCGUCAGAGACAAGGGCUACAUCAAAGACCAGGUGUUUGGCUGCAGUCUGAGUGACCUCUGUCAGAGAGAGAACACAUCCGUGCCAAGUUUCCUCACGAUGUGCAUCGACCACAUGGAAAACAAUGCUCUGAAUGUGGACGGGCUGUACAGAGUGAGUGGGAACCUGGCUGUCAUCCAGAAACUACGCUUCGCUGUCAAUCAUGAUGAGAAGGUGGACCUUGAGGAGGGAAAAUGGGAAGAUAUCCACGUGACUACGGGAGCGUUGAAGAUGUUCUUUAGAGAGCUACCUGAACCGCUCUUCACUUACAACUUAUUCCAUGACUUUGUCAAUGCCAUCAAGAUCCCAGACUACAUGCAGCGUGUCCAGUCUAUCAAGGAGCUGGUCAAACAGUUGCCCAAACCCAAUCAGGACACCAUGCAGGCCCUCUUCAAACACCUCAGGAAGGUGAUUGACCAUGGCGAGGAGAACCGUAUGACGACCCAGAGCGUAGCCAUAGUGUUUGGCCCCACCCUGCUCAGACCCGAGACAGAGACCUGGAACAUGGCGGUCCACAUGGUCUAUCAGAACCAGAUAGUGGAGCUCAUCCUGCUGGAGUACGAGGGUAUCUUUAGGUAGAAACCAGAGGAGAGACUUUUCCCCGUGUACAGAUCUAGUACCAGCUUACGCUCGCCCAAUCCUAACCUUAACCAUUGGUGGGGAGAAUGCCAAACUGACCCAGGAUCAGUGUUUAUUACGGUCUAUGGUAAUGAAUACAACCCCGGCCUACUCUCUGAACAACACCACCACCAUGACCAUACAGAGCUCUCAACCCAGCCCAACCAGACCAAUCCCAAGCCUCUUCUUCCUCUAACCUGUGGUCAUUCACAGCACACCUCAGAUUCCAUCCCCCACAGACCAGACCUGUAUGGAUACAUGGGAAAAAAACAAAGGUGGACUUAUUAUCCACGACCAAUAAACCAACCAAGUUGAGACUCUUUGCACUUGGCUGCAAACAUGUGUGCUUCCCCCCUCCUCUUCUCACCAUGGCUGGAUUUGAGGGACUUACUGCCAAAGACAAAAAUCCACUUUCUGUCCAUACACUGGAUUUCCAUGGCCAGUACCUGAGUUAGCCUCUCGCCUGGAUAGACUGGUCGGAAGGAGGCUACUGUCCGGAUGGAGCAUUGAAGAGAGGACAGACACUAUAUAAUGGUUAGGGUGGAGUAACAACCUUGAUAUGUUCAGGAAAGGUGGGUCUGUCAGGCAGGCCUCAGUAACCUCAGUCUUCCCAACAGUGGUGUCAGUAUUGCAGGGGGAGGGUCUAUCUAUCCGCUAUUCUGGCUGCACUAAACAGUAUUUAGCCUACACUGUACAGUAUAUUUACCUGUUAAGGACAUACAGACCAGACUGUAUAGAGAGGUCUGUCUGUAUCUUGCUUGGUCUCUCUGUCUGCUGGGACACCUUCAGCUCCUCUACGAACACAAUGUCGGCGUCCCAAAACGACUUCUGAACAGAGCCCUAUGGGCCUUGGUCAAAAAUGAAAAUGCUGAGCUAUAUAGGGGAAAAUACUUUACCUUUAUUUUCUAUAUGCUGUUUGUUCAGGCACCUCUUCUCUCUGUGGGCUCAACUAGCGAAUCAAUGAAUGUCUGUAAAUAAAGUGGCUUUGUCUCCCUCUGCUGUUUCUAAAGUACAGAGCUGGGAGAGUGUGCCUGCGUCCCAAACUCUACUCUCUAUCUAGUGCAUCAUCAAAAGUAGUGCACUAUAUAGGGUAUAGAGUGCCAUUAGAUACGCAGCCCGUAUGUACCUGUAUGUCAUGUAAUGAGCUAUAUGGUAGACUCUUACCUCCUAAUACAGCCCUGUGUGUGCGUGCAUUUGUGUGUGCGCUUGCGUGCCUGUGUAAAGGCCCCAGCACGCAUCAGAAAUGACCCAUAUCCUCUAAUAUACACACUUAUUUUCUCUCUCUCUCUCUCUCUCUGGAGAUACUGGAAGCAGUCCGUUUUACACUACUCAAAGGUAGUGCACUAUAUAGGGACUACGGUGCCAUUUGGGAUGCUCCGACUGACUCAUGGUUUUACUUCAGCCAUUCAUACCAAAACUACUCUGCUUCUCUGGUUUUUAGAACAAGUCCUCUCCUAUCAGUCAGAUAACUUAAAAACACAGAAAUGGUACUGAGAUGUGUAUCUUUGGACUGGUUGUAAUUGUAUUAUAAUAAGGCAAGCAACAUUUAAUAAAUAUAUGUAAACAAGGUGUGAAUGUGUGUGUAUGGACAGGGGACUGAUAGACAGGAAGUAUGUUGACUGAUGGACAGGAAGUAUGUUGACUGAUGGACAGGAAGUAUGUUGUACAGAUCUCUGAUAGUAAUUAAAGUACGACUUUAUGGUGACCAUUAGAAACUUGAGGAAACAAACAUGUUUAUUUAAGACCCAUUCCACCAAAAUCAUAUGAACUGUUUAGGGUUGAGAAAUUCCAGUAACUUUCCUAAAAUUCCCAGGUUUUUCAGAAAUCCCUGUUGGGAGGAUUCUCCGGAUAUUCAGCAAUUUCCUCCUGAUUACGGGAACAUUCAAACCAGGAUUGUUGGAAAGCCUGGGAGUUUGGGGAAAGUUACUGGAAUUUUACAAUCCUAGAACUAUUAUAUGAACUGCGAUUUUAAAAGUUUAGCUGUAUUUUUGGUAAGUGGCACAUUUUGAAUGUAAUUAUUUUCCAAACUAACUGCUGUUCAUGACUUCUUUGUUUAAUGGGAAUAAAGGCCUCCAUUGAGACCCUGUAAAAACCUG